AGUUUGAAAUUCCGCGUGUUAAUAAAAAAGUUCCUGGAUUGAUGAAAGACGAAUGCUGUGGCAAGAUUAUGACAGAGUUCGUAGGUUUAAGAAGCAAAAUGUAUAGUAUUUUGAUUGAUGGAGCUGAGACAGUGAAAAAAGCCAAAGGGAUAAAAUCAAAUGUAGUAAAGAAAUCAAUCACAUUCGAAGAUUAUCGAAAAUGUCUUCAAGAUCUUGUUAUUAUAAAACGUGAGCAGUGCAAUAUUCGUUCAAAAUUACACAUAGUCCAUACUGAAAAACAAGAAAAAAUUGCUCUAAGUCCUCACGAUGAUAAAAGAUACUUAUUACCUCAUAGUACAGAUACUUUGCCCUGGGAUCAUUACAGAAUUAUGGAAGCACAGAUGGCGCAAGCUGCAAUGCAUGUAGAGGGGGAAGCGGAGGAGAGGGAAUACAAUGCAGCUAAUGGCAAUGAAGCAGAAGAAAAAAGAGAGGGAGAAAAUGAGAGGGAGGAUAAGGUAACCAUUGGCAAUGAUGCAGAAGAAAAAAGAGAGGGAGAAAGUGGGAGGGGGGAUGAAUGUGAACAAAUCAGGAUUGAAUACGAUGUGCCUGAGGAGUUCAUGCACGAAUGGGAUCCAUCAUUAGAUAAGAUAAGAUUAGAAUCAGAAGAGAGAAGGGAUAUCUUACUAGAGGCAAUGGAAAGGGCAGGAAUUGUGGAGGGAAAUGGGCUAUAUGAACGCAUGGACAACAACGAGGAGCACAUUCGAGAAAUCGAAGCGAACAACGAACCUUCUACAAAGAGACCAAGGCUCACCUAACUUCAUAAUAAAAUGGAUCUAUCUGCACUCAACAAGAUUGCUGAGCGAGAGUUCUUGCCAAAGAAAAGAGCAACAGACAUGGAAAAAGAUCAUCAGUAUAUGGUGACAGCACUGAAAGAGGUCAAGACAAGGUUCGGUACGAAGAUUGUUGCUGAACUUGAUGACAGCUUUCAAGUUUUCUUGCCAGAGAAGAUUUCAUCGGCUAUUCUGAAAGAUGAAGCGUUUUUCAAUUCACUCUGCAACAAUGCAAAUAAACUUUGUUUAUUUUUAAAAUAUCUGGGUGGAUCUUCUUUUAAGUUUGAUUCUAGUACUCAAUAAGAAAGAAUAAAUCACAAAUUGAUUUUACAAAGAUAUAUUUUUUAUUAACUUGUACAUAAUAAUAAUACAUGAAUAAAUUUAAUAUAAUAAACAUAAUACAUCUGCUUUUUUUAUUUACUACAAUCUGAUCCUUUUAUCCAUAAA